UUCCAACCUGGAGGCUUUUCUCAGGAACACAGAGCUCUCCUGUACGCAUACAGACACAGGGAAAGAGGGGAAAGAACCACGCCAGGAGGGCAACUCAGACAGUUGCUCUGAAUCAGGUCUCUGUACCUACACAUAAAGGGGAAGUGGAACCUACCGGACCACUCUGAAAUAACUUUUCUAACUUUUCAAACUUUGUUCUGAUGUUUUCCUGAGAAACUGAAAAUGAGUUCCUCCUGGAUUCCCAGGGAGAUUAUUCCAGGACAUGCUUCCUGCCUCUGAACAGUUUGACUUGACCGGGAAAGUCAUUGGAAUUUCACUCUGCUCUACAUCACUGGAAGUUCUGGAACACUGAAAAAGUUAUCUGUGACAUUUAACAUACAGUAGAGGAGAUGCUGUUUUUAAUUGGAGAACGUUUUCUAUAUGCAGCACAGCAGGGUCUUGUGUUGCCAUACAAUAUUACAGGAUAGCAGGGGUUAUACCUGGAGCCCUCCUGGAGAGGUUAAGAAGAGCUAGGGGAUUUGUCCUCACAAAGGCCUUUUGUUCACUGGAACCAGUAGAAGUGGAACACGGCUUGGCAGGUUGAGAGUCCUGGAGGUGUAGAGAUGUGCCUUUUGUGACACUCUGAAUGGACACACUGUGCUCGGGUAGCCUCUACCUGGCUGGCUGGCUAGGAGUUCACAGGCCUAAGUACAUGCUACAUGACAGUUAAGGGUUCUGUGAAAAUGGACAGUGUAAGUAAUAGCUCUGAUGGUCAGGAGAAGCAGCAAUCCAGUUCGUUCCGCAAUAAGAUCUCCACUAUGUUUACACGUGGGGACAAGCCUGAGCCUCAGAGGCUAGCGGGAGAGACUGCGGUGCUGAUGGCUUUCAGAACCCUAUCUGAAGAUAACUAUAUCACAGGGGUCCAUGAUCAAAGUGCUCUGGAUGUUAUCAGUGACGACAGACUUAGAGUGGGGGGAGAUGUGAGGGGUAGGGGUGAGGUUCUUCAUAAUGGAGAGGCCACCUUCCUUGAUACGGAGGACAGGAUUGAAUCAUGGGAGAAUGAGUCCAGUAGGAAGAGUAGCUCUGUGACCUCUCCUCCUAACCCAGGCCAAGUGUCUGUGUCCACGGCCGACCCAGAUCUGGUCCAGGUCACUAUGGUGGAGAUCUGCAGCGACACAGAGAUGGAAGAUGAGGAGGGGAUCAGCAGCCUCAGUCAAUCAGACAAGCAUGCCACCCCUGGAAUGUCCCUCCCACCUGACGAUGACCAGUGGACAGUGGGCGAUGAUAACAAGGGUCAGCUGACACCAGCUGGCCCAGUGAGAGGUACCAUUGAUACAGACUUAGAGCUGCCUGUGUUAAAGCCACAAAGUAUUGUGGAAAGAUCCCUCAAAGACACCUCUGUUCUGUACUCUGCAAGGUUUAUGGGCAGAUCUCACAGCGGGACAGAUCUUGGUCUCUUCUCCUCUGUCUCCAAACCACAAGUGCCUGGAGACAGCUGCAGCACGUACCUCUCCACUGAUCCCAGGCCUGUGGAGGUGGGUGUGGAUGCAGAAGCCAUGGGUGCAGAGGGGUCCAGCCAUUAUCACCACAAAGUAGCCAAAGGCUUCAGCAUCAGCCGGGAGUUAUUGGGCCUUACUGACGUGUGUGCUGGAAACUCUGCAGUGGCUUCACCUCUUAACCUGUCUUUGACCUCUGAACCCCAGAUAUCGGAGGCAGCAGCAGACGACACUGCCUUGCCGUCAGGACAGCCAGAGGACCAAGAUACUGGACAGUGGAAGGAGAUAUUGUCGGAAAACACUAGAACUGAGGAGUGUAGAGAGCAUGUUCCUUGCCUCGACUCCCCUUCCACCCUCUCUGAUUCCAGGCCACCUGAAGCAGCAGAGCCAUCUUCCCCCAGCCUGGAGGAGCAGCCUGACACGCCUGUUCCUGGAAAGUCCCCAGCUGACAGCCAGCCAAGUGCCAUUCCUGUCUCUGUCUCGCCCAGGGGCCAAGGCGACAUGCCUGCCACUAGGGGGCCCGAGACAGACCCGCCAUCCACCACAUUGUCUCCCUCCAGGGGCACAGUUUCCUCCCAGGCCCCCUCAUUCCAAAUUCCUGCCCUGUUCAGCGGGCUGCGGGUUCUGAAGAAGGGGGCUGUGGGGGAGGAGAGGGAGACAGUGUCUGAGAUCAAACAGAGAGACACUGACCUGGCCCUGCUGAGCCUGAAGAAGAGCAUCAACAAAACCAAGAACCUCCCUGAGCAGAUCACCUUCAGUAGCAGCACCCCCAAGAAACGACCCGAGCCCAAACCUGUGUCUGAGACCAAGAGUAAUCUCUUGGGGCAGAUCAGCCAGCUGUUCAACCUAGACGGGACCAAGGCCGAGGACAAGCCGGACCCACUGCUAGAGCUCAGAGACAGGGAGCCGGAGAAGAGGGAGGAGGGGGUGACAGACAACGGUCUAGAGGACAUCCCUAUCACCCCACCAGCAGACAGCAGGAAAGCUUCAGACACAGCGCUUGACACCUUCAAGAAUCUCUUCAGCUCCAAACCGGCUAAAAAGGAUACAGAAGAGGAUGUGGAUUUAGAGGCUGUCAAGAAAAAAUACAAAAGUGAGAAAGAGCUGCUAAAAUCCAUCUUUGAGAGAACCUCCAAGUCUCCUAGCAGCAGUGAGCAAAAAGGUCCAGCAGAGUCUAAAUCUGAGGUCACCUCCCCUGCAGACAGUGAGGACCGGACCCCCGGGCGGCUCCAAGCCAUCUGGCCCCCGCCCAAGCCCAAGGAUGAGGAGGAGAAGGUGGGGCUCAGGUACACCGAGGCAGAGCACCAGGCUGCCCUCUUGCAGCUGAAGAGAGAAUUCAAAGAGGAGGUGGAGAAAUUACAUACGGACUUUGAGAUCCAGAUGUUCCAGGUGCGAGGGGAGCAUGCUGUGUCAGUGUCCCGACUGGAGGGAGUCAUCGGCAAGAUGCAGACAGACCGUCACCAGGCCUUUAGCCUGGGCCUUGAGAGGGGCGAGCUCCGUGAGGCCUGCGUGUCCACUGAGGACGACCUGCCCCCCAAAACUUUCCGUAACGUCUGCAUCCAGACAGACAGGGAGACCUUCCUCAGGACCCCCGAGGGCGAGGACGAGGCCAGCCGGCCCGGUCUCAACCCCAGCCAGAAUGGGCCUAAGAAACUCAACCUGGACUCCAUCAACCUGAGUCUGCAUGGAGGAGCCUCAGGACUGCCUGGCCCACCUCCUCCUCCUCCUCCUCCUCCUCCUCCCCCUCCUCCCCUCCCUGGCCAAACAAGACUGCUUCCACCUCCUCCUCCUCCCCCGUUUCCUGGCAACAUGGGGCCACCUCCUCCACCCCCCCUCCCAGGUUUUGGUCCCCCACCUCCCCCUCCCCCUCCUCCUGGGUUACCUGGAGUUGGCCCUCCCCCUCCUCCCCCUCCACCUGGGUGCGGCCCACCCCCUCCCCCUGGGGGAGGCUUUGGGUUUGGGUUCGGCCAGGCAGCAGAGAAGGCCCCAAGGAAGCCUGCGUUGGAACCUGCCACUCCCAUGAAGCCUCUAUACUGGACCAGGAUACAGAUCCAGAACAAUAAUAAUAAUACACUGUGGGGUUCUCUGGAGGAGCCAGACAUCGUAGACACCAAGGAGUUUGAGGACCUGUUCUCCAAGGCCACUCUGCAACCAAAGAAGAAGCCCCUUUCAGACACCUAUGAGAAGAAGGCCAAGACUAAGAAGAUUAUCAAACUGCUGGAUGGGAAACGUUCCCAAGCAGUGGGCAUCCUCAUCUCAAGUCUGCACCUGGAAAUGAAGGACAUUCAGCAAGCUGUUUUGACUGUGGAUAACUCUGUGGUGGAUUUGGAGACCAUUGAGGCUUUAUAUGAAAAUAGGGCCUCUAGUGAUGAGCUGGAGAAGAUAAAAAAACACUAUGAAACAUCCCAGGAGGACGAGGUGAAGCUACUGGACAAACCUGAACAGUUCUUGUAUGAACUCUCACAGAUUCCAGACUUCUCUGGCCGGUCCCACUGCAUCAUAUUCCAGUCUAUCUUCCUCGACUCCAUGUCCUCCAUCCACCGCAAAGUAGAAAUAGUCUCCACCUUGAGCAAAGAUCUGCUGGACUGUAGCAGUGUGAAGGAUGUGAUGGGGCUGGUCCUAGCCUUUGGGAACUACAUGAAUGGAGGCAACAGGACGCGAGGUCAGGCUGAUGGCUUUGGACUGGAGAUUCUGCCCAAACUGAAGGACGUCAAGAGCAGGGACAAUCGUAUCAGUCUGGUGGAUUAUGUGGUUGCAUACUAUCUGCGCAAUUUCGACGAGCAUGCAGGAACAGACAAGAGUGUAUUCCCACUUCCUGAACCACAGGAUUUCUUCCUGGCCGCUCAGGUCAAGUUUGAAGACCUCACAAAGGACAUGAGGAAGCUGAAGAGAGACCUGACUGCGUGUGAAAAGGAUGUGCAGAAGGUGUGUGCUAACUCCUCCGAGGAGAACCUCCAGCCCUUCAAGGAGAAAAUGGAGGCCUUCGUCUCGACCGGUCAAAAGGACCACACUGCUGAGGACGACCGGCUCAAAGCUGCACAGAAAAGCUUCUUGGACAUGGUGGGCUACUUUGGGCUUAAGCCAAAGUCUGGGGAGAAGGAGGUGGCCCCCGGUUACGUCUUCAUGCUCUGGUACGAGUUCUGCAGCGACUUCAAGAACACGUGGAAGCGGGAGAGUAAGAACAUCUCCAAGGAGAGGCUGAAGGAAGCACAGGAGAACAUCAAAAAGAUCACAGCUGAGAAGAGGGUGGAAACCAAGAAGAUCAAUGCCAACAGUCUGAAAGAGAGACUGCGUCAGAAGGAAGCCAGCGUGUCCUCCAGCUGAAGAGGAUGAUCAUUGAAGAACAGAGUGGAGAGAGAGGAAGUGUAGAGAGGAGAUGAUCACUUCUUCCCUUCACCACCUGCCUUUUACCCAACAUCAUACCUCAUAUAGCCCUCCGUGCCCCCACACUCUGGACCUCUCUACUACGGCCCAUUCUACCGUCCUUACUGACUGGACCAUAUUCACUGCUCUCCAUGGGGCACCCCUUUUCCACCUCAACCUCUUCCCCAGAUGAGAGGCACCUUGUGUGGGCUUCUAUCACUGUGUAUCCCUAGGACCACCAUCCAGACCAACACUUACACCAUGGGAAAGAGGAAACGGUCUGCCUGCCACCCUGCUGCAGAUAUGCAGGCUGCUAAGUCUACACAGAGGGUCCAUGGCUGACAAAACAGCUGAUAUGAUGAGACUCACAGGGGUCAAAGGUCAACCUCAUUCAUCCAGACUGGUGUGACCUUUGAAUGGCCAGCCUGUAGAGCCUGCUCGGAGGCGUGCUGGGGGUCAGGACAAUGAGCACUCCAGCUGACAUAUCUACAGUGAUGACCCCUGACCUCUAGGCUUCCUAGGCCUGCUGGAGCUGAGGAUCUACAUGCAUCCCUUAUUCUGGGUUUCUUUCAGGACAGCAUCACACAUCGUGAUGACAUAUAUUCCAAUGUAUUAUAGCUAGGUUAUGCAAAAACUACAGACGAGGCCUCGUUGUUGCUGAGCUAUGUUAACAAAUAUGGUGAUCGUCACUCAGAGAAACUAUUACGAUUACGUAAAAGACAGUAAGACAUUCAGGAGUUGUUAUUCUAACAAUGAUUUAGAAUAUGAAAGCAGUAUACAAUACUUUAAUGUAAAGAAUAGCUUUCAUCUGCUGUGGCCCAUCCAUGUUUGAAGUGUGUCUUGUAAAUGUAUUUCAAAUGGUGUUUGUUUUCAAAUGAGCAGGGACUGAAACGUUUAACCUGAUGUUAUAUUAUGAAGAGAAUCGGUAGCCUUUAUUGGGGCGGCAGGUAGCUUAGUGGUUAAGAGCGUUGUGCCAGUAACCGAAAGGUCGCUGGUUCUAAUC